AUGUCCAAGACUCACGCAAAAUUAAGUCUCAAUCCAAGCCAUUACCCCCUGACAUAUCUCGAUACUUGCUGGCGUAUUGAUGGCGCAUACCUUUAUCGUGCUAGUAACAAUUUCAUCGCCGCCAUAACACAUUUGUACCGUUUAAAUCUUUCAGGGAACCUGAAAGCUACGAAAACUCUACCAAAUUCUUGA